GGGGACAUUUUCUUGACCGGCACGUUAUGCCCCGCAUGGUGAAAGGCAAGGCAGUGUUGGAGCAUGGAAUGAAGACGGCCGCCUCACUCUUACUCGGAAUCUCUGUCUAGAUCACAGAGUCACGUCCUAACAACGCACCCUAAUACCCGACCAAGCACCCGGCGCGGAGACUCGGGGAUGCCAUGUCUUCGCGGCCCUCGUCUAGCACCUCCAAGGAUAUGCCGUCCGCCUCGACUGGUCUGCGGCGAUCUUUCACCCUCCCCUCGCGACUUGCAAACCCGACAAAGGCGCAACAACCGGUAGAGAUUGGUGCCGCAGAUGGCAUCGAGACACUGUUCGUCCACCCUUCGGCCAAGAUCGUGUCCUUCACCUCAGCUCCAUCCCUGAGGUCGCGACCCAGCUCAAGGUCGAGCAUUGCAAGCUACGAUGGAGAAGCAGACGGUGCCACCUCUCUACCAUGGACCUCGCCUACUGAGCGCACCAUGGCUGCUGGACCUCUAGAGAUCUAUCGCGUACCUGGCUCUGUCGCUUUCCUUCAUUCUGGGAGUCUGUUACACGCCAUCCUUCCUCGUUCGCAAUGCUGGUGUGUCGACGGCGUCUCCAAGUUCGCCAUGCGCGUCCUUCCCAACACCUACUACCGUAUCGAGUUACCUGGAAAUACACAAGAAGACCUGGAACAUGUUGAGCUACUCAAGAAGACGCUGGUCAAGGUGCUGUACUAUGAGAGAACAGCCUGUCCUUUCCAGAGAGGCUUUGGCGAGGACCUACCAGAGAUGCCGAGCAGGAACUCACGCCGAUUUUCAAGAGACUUGAUUGAGCCCGCGAAAAGAUGGAGACUUGACAAGGUCUGGAGGCCCGAAGGAGCUGAUCUGGACGAGCCUCAGCUACUGCACCCCAACAGAAACCACUCGAGGUCAGACACUGAACGAUCAGACACCGACGAGGCAGCAAGGUCUGAGGAAGCAGCAAGAUCAGAGGACGAGGAUGGAAAAGAGCAGGAUGCCACAACACUUGCCAGCAGAGACAAGCCGCCGCAACUUCCUGGACUUUUCCCUUCAAAGAGUGUCGCUGCCACUAUGCGAUCUGUGACGGCUCCUCCACAAUUGAGUCUCGAGUCGUCGCCUCCGUCAAAGGUCAACAAGGUUCGCAAGAUGGCUGGCAUCUUCAAUCAGACUGCUCGCGACACUGCACCGCCUCUCUCCCGCACUCUCUCGACCACGCUAGGUUCCAGACUACCACCUAUGCCAGAGUCUGCAGACAAUGACCAAGACCUGCCUCUCUACUCUCCUGACUACCACAUUCAUGAAGGCAUUACCGCAGACAAAUUAUUGCAUUCGACACCAGUCAGACCUAUUGCUGUAUUGGCACCCGAGCACGAUAAUCCACCUGCUACUGAGCCUAUGAUCGUUGUCGAGCAACCAGAUGAUGAACCAGAGCUCAUAGUGACCGAUGACACAACUGGAACGUCUCAUGAGAAACCAGAGGCCGACGAAACCACCACUACACUCCUCUUGCCAGACGACUCGCCAGAGCAAACAGCUGCAGGAGCAACAGAGCAAACGGAGGAAGAAGCACCACCGAUAAACGUACCCGAACAAUCCAACUCGGAGGAUCCCACAAAGGAAAGUCCUCGACUCGGACACAAAGCAGCAUCACCAUCCACAUCAACAACCGAAACCACAUCCGCCACCUUUACAGCCUCCUCGCCAGCCCUCUCUACAACCUCUAUCUCAACCGCAACAUCCUGGUCCACCCUCCCCGUCCUCACUCCCUUAGAAGCAUCAGACCUCCUUCGCCAACGCCGCGCCCCUUCCCCCUCCGCCUCGUCCACCCGCUCUGCCUCUCCAUCUCCUCCUCACGCCGUCUCAACACCCGCCAAACAAUCCUCCACCUCAACCGUGCUCACAAAGACCUCUCCCGCCCUCUUGGUCCGAAAAACCUGCGCACUCUUCCUGGGUCCUCCAGCAAACCUCGUAGCCACUAUGCUAAGGAUAGCUGCGAGAUUAGUGGCCAGCGGUGCCUUGAAUCUAGCAGAACCGGCUUUUCAUGACAUGUUUUCUUCCGGUGGUGCUGCGGCUGCUGCUACGGCGGCGGGCAGACUGAGAGGCCACAGACGAGUGCCUGGAAGUUGGGAUUUGAGUGAUGAUGAUGAGGAUUGGGGGUUCUGAUUGAUUCUCGGGGAGAGCCUUGUUUUCUUGUGUUUCUUUUUUGGUCGUCUUGUUUUGGGUUUUUGCAUUCUCGUCACGAUACCCAUAUACUCGGUUUUGUUUUUUUCUUGUUACUAUCCUUUGGCGCUGCUGUGAUACUAUU